AUGGGAGAUUCCAAGCCAAUUGAUACUCCAAUUGGAACCAGCUCAAAAAUGGAUAAUGCUGAACUAUAUCCUUCAGUAAAAGAGACAAUGUAUAGAGGGAUCAUUGGAUCCUUGCUAUACCUCAUUGCAAGUAGGCCAGAUAUUGUAUUCAGUGUAGAAAUAUAUGCCAGAUUUCAUACCUACCCAAAUGAGUCUCAUUUGAAAGAUGAAAAAGGAAUUCUUAGGUAUUUGAAGAGGACAACAGACUGGGUCUUAUAUUAUCCAUCUGGUGAUAGUUUUAACUUGGUGGGCUAUACUGAUGCUGACUAUGCAGGAUAUUUAGUAGAUAGAAAAAACACCUCAGGAAUGACACAUUUUCUUGGUUCAUCCUUAAUUUACUGGGGAUCUAAGAAGCAAAACUCUGUUGCUCUAUCUACUACUAAAGCUGAAUAUAUGGUAGCUGUCUCUUGUUGUGCUUAA